AUGUCGAAAAUACAGCAAUUCGCACCGAUACGACAGGUGCUAUACAAGCACAUGUCAUUGGCUCCUUCAGUGCGAGGGAUGCCAUCUAGCCAACUACAAUCACUUUAUAACAACCACCAGCAACUUCUUCCACUUCAACAGCAACAACCAUGGACUCCCCAACAAUAUCUCCCGCCAUUUCCACCACUACGCGUUAAACCAUGUACUAGAUUUAGCAAAAUACCACAUCUUUGUAACAAGGGUGAUAAUGACAUCUCCCCUGAAGAUAAACUCGAUCUUGAGCGAAAGAUGAAUCUCCUGAAUUUAAUCGAUAAACUAAAAAUCCAGAUCCCCAAUAUACUAGAACACAACUUAUCAAAGGACAUAGUCUCAAGAAACAUUUAUCUCCGAAUAUGCCCAUCCCAAUUUGAUGAAAACUAUUUACCAAAACUACAUGGCACUAUUGCUUACAAUAGUGCAUGUAAAGCAAUAACACUAUUCAUUACAUCAAUUAUCCUUAGUCCUCAAGUGAAACUCCACAUAUCAAGUAUCAAAACAUCGCAGAAACCCGAUCCACAAUGUAUGUUCAGCACAACCAUGAAAGUAUACGUUCGUUGGAGUACAUGUAUGCCCAAUUGUGAACAUUUAGGAGUACAGUCAACAUCAAAUGCUCAUUUUGGAUCGCAUAAAUGGUCACAUGAAGAUACAAAGAAAUUAAUGGGUACAAAUGUUACCUUAUCGGGGUUGAUUGGUAAAUUGACUGGUGCAGUGAUGGGUGUAUCUAAAGAAAAACAAAAGGAUUUGGAAAGGGUCAUUUCAGGAUUGUUCAUAUUUGAAUUGAAUAAUGAGUGUGAUCAGAUAUUGGUGCACACGGUUGAGAAUAUGAAUAUUAUCGAGAGGUUUGAAGAAGAGCCUGAGAAUGCAUUGAGAGUAUGUUGA